AUAGUAGCCUGAUAAGGGAGGACAGAACUUACUUGGGAUUCACUCCCUCUCCAUGAGAGACAAGAAGCAAAGCUGAGCUGGAAGCCCCGCUCACUCUUUCUAAGCUUCGCACUUCUUCAGUAUCCAGGAUCUUGGGGCAGCACCAAACAGCAAGAGUGAUUUGGGAAGCUUUGUUGGCUCCUUUUGGCGAUGGAUGAAAAGGAACAACAGUCUGAGGAGUCUCAUUUCAUUUAUAAUGGGAAGGGAAGGAAAAGAAUAAGAAUUUGUGUAGCAUCUACCCUGUGCCAGGCACUGUUACCAUGGCACCUUGGCCUGAAUUGGGAAACUCACACUCGGAUCCUAAUAAGUUCAUCGAAGAGGCCAACACCCAACAAUCUACCAUGUCUGAAAAAGAUAAAGGAACCUCCAACAAUAAUGCCCUUGCUCCUGUAAACAAGAUAGAACUUCUGCCAUCUUACUCUACUAUUGCACUGAUUGAAGAGCCAGUGGUAGAGCAUGACCCAUGGGACAUGACUAACAUUAAGGACUCAGGAGUCAAGUGGUCAGAGAGAAGCACCUCAGAAAAAAUAACUGCUGUCUUCCAAGGGAUCUUAAAAGUGAUUCUCCUCCUGGGAUUUCUCUACUUAUUUGUCUGCUCCUUGGACAUCCUCAGCAGUGCCUUCCAGCUGGUUGGAGGAAAAAUGGCUGGGGAGAUUUUCCGUGAUGGCUCCGUGCUGAACAACCCUGUGGCAGGCUUGGUGAUUGGUGUGCUGGUGACUGUCAUGGUGCAGAGCUCCAGCACGUCUUCGUCCAUCAUUGUCAGCAUGGUGUCCUCUUCACUGUUGACAGUAAAGGCAGCCAUUCCCAUUAUCAUGGGAGCCAAUAUUGGGACUUCAGUCACCAAUACAGUCGUGGCCCUCAUGCAGGCUGGAGACAGGGAUGAAUUUCGAAGGGCUUUUGCAGGAGCUACUGUCCAUGAUUUUUUUAACUGGUUGUCAGUGCUGGUGCUGCUGCCUUUGGAAGUGAUCACAAACUACCUCUACUACCUCACCGAUGUCACAGUGAAAUCCUUUCAUCUCAAGAGUGGAGAUGAUGCCCCUGAACUCCUGAAGGUCAUCACAGAUCCCUUCACAAAACUCAUCAUCCAGCUGGAUAAAAAAGUCAUAAAUGAAAUUGCUACAGGAAAUGAGGCUGCAAAAAACAAGAGCCUGAUUAAGACUUGGUGUAAAACUUUUGAAGAUGUGAUUUUAAGCAACGUUACCGUUCCCUCACCAGAAAACUGUACCUCUCCCACUCUCUGCUGGACUGAAGGAAACAUGACUUGGACACUCAUGAACACAACGUAUGAAAAGAAUAUUGAAAAAUGCAAACAUGCAUUUGUGAACGUCAACCUCUCAGAUCUAGGCAUUGGACUCAUCCUUCUCGCCCUCUCCUUGCUGGUCCUGUGCACUUGUUUGAUCUUAAUUGUCAAGGUCCUGAACUCUGUGCUCAAGGGACAAGUUGCUGCAGUGAUUAAAAAGACCAUCAACACAGAUUUCCCCUUCCCAUUUACCUGGCUGGCAGGCUACCUUGCCAUCCUUGUUGGAGCUGGGAUGACCUUUAUUGUGCAGAGUAGCUCUGUGUUCACCUCUGCAAUCACUCCUCUGGUUGGCCUCGGUGUGAUCAGCCUUGAGAGAGCUUACCCUUUAACCUUGGGCUCCAACAUCGGCACCACCACCACCGCCAUCUUGGCUGCAUUAGCUAGCCCUGGAAAUACUUUACAAGAUUCACUCCAGAUUGCCCUGUGCCAUUUCUUCUUCAAUAUCUCCGGGAUCCUUCUGUGGUACCCAAUCCCAUUUACACGCCUGCCAAUACGUCUCGCCAAGGGCCUGGGAGAUAUCACAGCCACCUACCGUUGGUUUGCCAUUUUCUACCUGAUCUUCUGCUUUUUCUUAACUCCACUGGCUAUAUUUGGCCUCUCUCUUGCAGGUUGGCCUGUGUUGGUGGGUGUAGGGGCACCCAUUCUUUUGUUGUUGUUUUUAGUAUUGGUGAUACGGGUCCUCCAAGCCCGCUGCCCUCAAAUUCUCCCCAAGAAGCUUCAAAACUGGCACUUCUUGCCCUUGUGGAUGCGAUCCCUGCAGCCCUGGGACGGGAUAGUGUCUCUCCUUACUGGUAACUGCUGCCAACUACCUUGUUGCUGGUGUUGCCGUGCCUGCUGCCGGGUUUGCUGCCUGCUGUGUGGAUGUCCCCGGUGCUGUCGCUGUAGUAAAUGCUGUGACUUGCUUGAAGAAGAGGAAAAUGUAAAGGAAAUCCCCAUCAAGGUCCCUGAGGUGUAUGAAAAUGCCAUGGUCAUUUCUAAGGAGCUCCAUCCUGGAUCCAAGACAUGGGAAGAUGGCCAAGACAUGAAGACCUUCUCCAACAGCACAGCUUUAUAGUGGACAGUGAAUGAGAGAAGAAGACAAAAGAUGGAUUAUUUCUUGUUCUAUAUGCCCUUCCUCCUUUGAAGUGGAAGAAGGUGGGGGCAAACAGUAAGCUAUCCAUGGGAAAAAUGAAGCCAAGAACAAUUGCCACCCCUACCCUAGAACUCAAAGUGUUGACAGACAGGGCUGGCUCAACAUUGGCAGAAAUAGGGAUCAAAAUACCACCCUUACCAGGGCCAUAAUUCUCUCUCACAUAGUUUCUGGCUUGUUGAAAAGCCCAGGACAGCAGAGAACCAUAAGGAUUUUGUAAGAUGAAACCCGAGUAGGCCAGAUAUUUAUACUUUAUCCAGAAAAACUAAAGCUACUGACCAACAGGACUUGUUUUAAAGCCCUAAACAAUUUUCAGAAGGAAAAAAGUCCAAGGAAAGAGUUCCAUUGCUCCAAUAGACUUAGUUCUACUUUAAUUUUUAAAUAAGUAUAAUUUAGUUGCUGAGGAAUAUUGGCUCCCCCCCCCAAAAAAAAAGAUCUGUUUAUAAUAGGAAAUCAAUACUUCCAUGGUCCAACAAAGCUGGGAGAAAGGGUAUUCCUGGGAAGGGGAAAUGCCAGUGAGUGACCUAUACCAGCCCAGCCUUAUUAAGUCCCAUGUUCAUCCAUUCCUGGCCACAUGGAACCUUGGAGAAAGGGGAAGGUGGAGAGCUGAGUUUUAUCUGUAUUAAGCUAUGUGGACACCCUUCCCAUGCCCAGGAGAAACUGGUGUUGGUUAGCAGCAUGUGCUGUGGCAGCUUCUCUGGAAUGGCUGGACAUGUAUGUUUGGGCUACUUCCAAAGGCUGAUGACCAGCCAUGAUGCCCAGUACCAAAGAUAAACUCUAGUGAGGUAUCUCACUGUAUGUGAUUAUGCCCCAUGUCCUGAUCUUCCUCCCUUACAGUGUCCACAGGUUCUCCUGGGCAGUCUAUAACUUAAUUUCUAGAACAUUCAUAAGGGAUUUCUAAAGGAUGGUAAUUAAAUUAAAACCCUAAAAGGGUUGCAGAUGUAGUUUUGGAUAUCUUACUAGUGGAGGGAUCUGAAGGUGGUAGUAUUCCUGGGACAGUUAGCACUUUGGUUGCUAAUUGGUCAACAGCUUCUUUUGGGGACUUUGUCUUCUGCCAUGGGGCCAUCUUAAAUGUGCAAUGUUUCAGAAAGCCAGGUGCAUAAAAGGGUAAAAACCAAGAAUUGGCCUCAUUCAGAUAGUUAAGGUGUCUCAGAUGUCAUGAGGAGGUUGGACAGGUUAAGGCAAACUUUCUGUGGGGAGGAAAGAUCAGUUCCUCUGUCCAUCUUAGAGGUCUGCCAGCCUCUUUGUCCCUAGUUCUGAGGGAUGGUCUAGAUAUUUUGGGAUGUAAGCUUUUCUUUCUGCCAUCCCUAGUAAUUUGUUAGCUUAUCAUGAAGUUUAUUUUGCUCUCACUUUAAGGGGGAAUAAAAUAAACUAAGCUGACCACAGGAUCAAAGGUCCAUUUUCCAGGUCCUUCCCACCUUGGACCUUCCAAGAGGCCCAGGCCACCUCACUCUUUAAGGGGGUUUUGAAGGAUUCUCAGGUGAAUGGCUUUGCUGUCAGCCCUUCUUCUUUCUGGGUCCUUGCAUCUCUGUUCUUCCCAUAGAAGGAAAAACCUGCCAGGCCUAUUGAGAGGAACUAGACAGGCAUGUGGCCAUGCCCCAGGCAAAAUGUACAUUUUAAAAACAUGACCCUUCUCAGACAGACUGUAGCCAGAUUUUUCUGCAUCCUCAAAGGAUGCUAGUCUGGCCAGAAAAAAGUACCUUGUCAACUUUUAGCUUUAAGGUAACCUGUUAAAGAGAAAUCCAGAACCUUUUCCCAAAUUUUGUUUCACUUGUUAGGAAUGAAUUUUGUCCAUUUCCAUUUCCUGUUCUCUUUGGCCCUUACUUUGUAAAAAAAAAGGCUAAUUGGUCAUGAGCAUGUGAUUGUAAAGGCUUGAGCCAGAGUCAGCUUUUCCAGAGGGUAAUCCAGUAGGAUGAACUGCCUGGUCAACCUUGGUUCCAACGCCUCUUUUGAUGUGUGUAUGUGCAUGUGGGUGGAGUGAGGGAGUUGGUGCAUUCCAGCAGCUCAGAUGCCCUCUUUUUGCCUUUCAUGUGGCCUCCCUUAAGAGAGAACAAUCCUUUCUUGCUUUUCUAUGAGCCACAUCCAUCUCUUUACUCUAACUGACCUUGUCCAAUAUUCCCACCUUAUCUCACCUAACUAGGCUCUAAAUUCCCCAAAUCUAAAGAGCAUGUUGGAAAGGGGAAUUAUAGUUGAGGAAGAACCACCAGCCCAUUCCUCAAAUCCCAUGCCACUCCAUUUGGCAUCAUAUUGAGCCUUCUCCUGCCCUUCCCCCUGUAUAUAACUCUUCCUCAACAGAUAUUGAUACAACCUAUAUGUAUAGUUACUGAAUUGUACAGCUUUUUCAUGUUAUAUAGAAAAUAACCUAUAUGAUUCUGGUUUUAUAUUGUUCACCUUGGGAAAUAAGAAAAUGUUUACCAAUGAAAUAUAUAUUUAUAUACAUAUAAAAGCCUAUAUAAGCAAGAACAUUUAUAUAUUUUGUAGUAUCUUUUAAACUUGUCCACACCACACUGUAAAUACAAAAGUUAAGCACCUCAUUGGUCCCCUUUGCACUUUGUACGUAUUUUUCUAGUUGGAUUAUUCAUGUGAUCUGUGUACAUAAUGUGAUUUUCAUAUUUUUGGAAAGAAAGAAACAAUAAAAGAUAUUCAAACACAGAA